CCAUCCCCCACCUCAGGCUAAGACACAAGGCAUCUACUAUCAAGCUUUGCAAUCGCCCGCCGAAGCCUCCUCCCAUUCACUCUGCGUAACAUCAUCAGCGAGUUCCGAAGAGAUGCUAACUUCCACACAGUCGGUCAGAUUGAGAAUGGUCAGCCUCAAGUGGAUUCUUUGGAGUGGCAUGUUAUCUCUGGUGCGCUCUGAAUUGAAACUGUGCGCAGAGUACGAGUCCGAGAAGAGACUGGCGCAUGACUCACAGUGCCAGGAUGUCAAAGAUGGCGCUAUCUGCGUUGUGUUACCGUCAUCACCGAAAAGCGACAAAUGUCGUCUCUCUUGUAUCAAGAGGAAGCAUCAGAACGUGUGCGAAUGUAAAUGUGCAGUAGCCUAAGCCUGCAGCUUGGUAGCAAAAACUCGAGCCAUUUUCCUUCUCGCAGACCAAAGCCUACACGCAUCUACUCAUGUC